AUGGCUUCACGGGCGUGUUCGGGGAUUCUCGAAUCGACGAGUCUGGCUUCUCUCAACACAAUCAGUGGUUUUCCCCCAGCGUCAAAGAAGCGCAAAAUAUCCCAUGUCGAGACUAAUAACCUACUGUCUCCGAUAAUCUCUAUCAAGGGACAUGCGUCCUCGCUAUCCGAUAAUGAAUUCAACUUGGCACCAAUCGAGCUUCUUCCCCGCUCGGCACUGCCAUUGACAUGGCUCGACUCGUCGACGGCAGUGCAAUCAGGCAAUAUCUUCGCGAGCAAUAAUGAGCUUUUGCAGGACAUCUUCUCGGAAACCGACCUACCGACGGUGUUGGCAGCUCGCCUCGCUUCUAAUGGCGCGAUAUACGUGGUUGAACAGGUCAAGAAGCACAUAUACGCCUUGACAAGACUACAAUCGAGUAUAGAUGAAGGUGAGGUUCGUGUCGCCGCGAAACGAUCCAGGAAUUGGAACUCGGGUAUCCGUCCUGCAAAGGGGGUGGCAGACUGGCGGGAGGCAGCGAGGGUGCAAGAUGUAAACGAGGACGGUGGAAGCUUUUUGAAACAUUCCAAGUACGAUGUUCGCGUGGCGUUUGGGAAUGGUUGUCCGACGAACGACAAUGAUGGUGGUAGCGGGAGCCAGGUUCCCGUAGAGCUGAUGACAGAGGAGAACGAUGACCCCUUCGCUUCUGAAUUUCAAGCAUAUGCUCAGACGCCUUCGAGUAGGUGUAGUUUUCAGCAAUUGCAGCCCGAGAUUGGGCAGAAUGAACCGGGAAAUCCUACCCCAGAAGUUGCCAUGGAGAACUUGAGGACGCAGUACCUCGAGGCUCUUUAUAUCUCCAAGACCUCUGUUGCAUAUUUCGCCAAAGGACCGUUGACCCGAAGUCGCAAUGCAUUCCAAAACUUGAAUCCGGAGGGCAGUAGAUGCUCAGAUCUUUUAGCAUUCUACAAGGAAUCUAUUCUUCCCGUGAAGAAAAUGGAUACAAAGUAUCGCGAGGGUCUUCCUACAAUCCUUCGCAACAUGGUCUUGGUACUGUCGGACGAAGAACGGCCGAAGAAACGCCGGAGCAGAAAGAAGAAAUUAGGCAGGAAUGGACUCUACCCGGGAGAGUAUGAGUUUAUACAGAAAUGCUGGAGAUCUCGGCAAAUGGCCGAUCGAGGACAAUUAGCAGAGUUGACGAAGGAAGAGGAAAUAAAACGACACGUUUCUGAAUUACGAUUGCGAGAAACGCAGCUUCAGAUUCUGUUGAUCUUGGAGGCUAUUUCACUCAAAAACACAUUAACUGAGGCAGCCAACGACUCUAACGCACAGGGUGACAAUUCUGUUAGGAAACGAGAGAUGCCCAAGAAAGGAGAAGAUUUGAAUGUCCUUCUCGAACUUCUGUUGGAUCGACUCUGUAUUUGGCAUGCAGUGAGUUCAGCCGAGGGCGUAGUACCCGAAUCUGUCAAAGAGGCUGCAGAGAACCAUCUUUCAGGGAGAAAAAUAGAGAGCGAUGCUCUUCGAGAUUAUUGCAACGAAGUCAUUAUUCCAUUCUAUGCUUCACGUCUGCCAGAACAAUGCAAAGCGAUUAAGAAGAAAUUGGGCGGCGCGGUGGAGAGAGCAUCUCCAUCUCACCUAACUCCAGAGUCAAAAGGCUCAAAAACACAGGGCGGUGCCUCCGACAGACGAACGCAACUUCUUAAGCCCCGGCGUACGUUGCAACGAGUCCUGACAGAUGAACAAGCAGCUGCCUCUCAAAAAAUCCGCCACCCAUCCCUAAUGCGAUCGAACACCACCCCGGCACUGCAAGAAUCCAAGGGCGAGUCAAUUGAACCAUCCCUUCCAUCUUUGGGCAACAGCGUCAGAGGUGGCAUUCAAGCAGCUCGAAGAGUCGAUAAACGCGAGGUCGACCUAAAUGCAGUCGCCAAGCAGCACGAGUCCAAAAUCAAGAAAAUGGGCAUGCUGAUGGAGCAGAAGAAGGAGCUUGAUGCAGCAAUCAAUGCAUUGAGGAAACCCAACCGCCAACUUGUCGCAAGUGAGCUUGCAGACCUAGCUGAGAAGAGAACAACGAGUGCACGAAAACCCAAAAACCCGGUCCGCAAUCCUAUGGGCCAAGGUGUGCAGGUCAUAGCAACGCCAAAAGCAUCUAGGAAGAAGGAAGUACACGCAACUCUUCUCCCGCCUCCUCGAGGCUUAACUCGGCGCUCUAGUGGUAGUGGGAAGGAGCUGGGAACCUCUCCAGCGCUCGGGAGCGACGUCUCUUUAGUUCCCCAAUCCAGCGUGCGGUCCACUCUAUCAAGCUCAGUCGUCCGUCGCGAUGUCAACUCAAUCCACGAAACCCCCUCUCGUGGCGCCUCCAAACUCUCCGACCCGUUAGAUUGCAUGGGCGAUAUAGCCGUCGAAACACCCAACACCGCCCAAUGUUCCCGAGCUCUUUUCAAAGUCCCAGCUCUCCCCACAACGCGGUCCCUCGACGACCCCCACGACCAAGAAAUAUCCACGCCUGUUCCUCGCCGUAAAACGAAAAAUGUUGAGGAAGCAGCAGCAGUCGACGAAACACCCCCUCGGUCUUCGUCAGUCAAGUUCUUCGCCAUGCCCUCGUCUCCACUCGCCCCUCUAGUAGUCACCCCUGUCAAACGAUCGGUAGGCUUGGACGAAAGGAAUACGGAGAUGGUGAAGGCGACCCCCGAGAAAUCGAUUUAUGAACAGUUGGGCUGGGAUGAAGACGAUCUGGCCUUGUGA